UGAGGGAUUCUAUACUAUGAUUGAAACAGCAUCUAACAGUGAAAAUGGUUAAAGACUUGCCAUUCCUUCAAUAUCACGAACAGCCUACCAUUGCAAUCAUCACCAGCCUUUACUCUGAGAAACUGGCUGUAGAUGCCAUGAUUGACAACAAAUCUACUUAUUUCAAGAACAAAACGGAUGAGAAAUCACGGAGGAUUGGUGAAUCUCAAGUAUAUACACUGGGACAGAUUGGCAAACAUAUUGUGGUUUCGACAAAGCUCUCAAAAGGUGCAGCAGAGCAGAAGAUGAUUUCAGCCGAAAACACCAUCACAAGACUUUUAGGCGUUUUUAGUUAUGUUGAACAUGUUAUUCUUGUUGGUGUUGGUGGUGCUGUUCCUCACUUCUCAGACUUCAACAAACAUGUUCGACUUGGAGAUGUGGUAGUAUCUACGCCUGUUGACAGAAGUGGUUCACUCUAUGUUCAUUGCCAACGAGCUGAGAAUAUACCUAAUUCCAUUGGCUACAGUUAUGUGACACAGUCAUGGGCAUCAACCAAUCACAGCCUUCAGAAAGCUGUUGAGAACCUCAAGUGCACUGUUGAACGGAAUCCCACCAUUGCAAAACCAUGGGAUCCCUACAUUGAAGAAGGGAGAGAUCUCCUUGAAAGUGAAGAAUCAGAUUUUAACCGUCCAUCUAUUAUGCGUGAUAAGCUCUUUGCAACCCAACCUAAUGGUACUGUUGUUCAAUACGAGCAUCCGAAACCAUCUGGUAGUCAUUAUCAGUCCUACACAGAGGGACAGGUGACCAUUAGAUAUGGAGUUAUUGGCUCUGGCAAAAUGGUAACCCAAAAUGAAAAGAUGCGCAAGGAUUUUUCCCAGCUGAAUGGCAUCAAGGCUUUCGAUUCAGAAUUUGACGCCGUUCUUGACUCGCUGGAAGGAAGUAGAAACUGCAGUUUCCUAGUAAUUCGAGGAAUGGCAGAUUACAUUGAUGGAACUGGGAAGAAAGGCUGGCAACCAUAUGCAGCGCUUGUUGCAGCAGCAUACAUGAAGUCUUUGCUACAUGUUCUCGAAUGAUUAUAUACACACUUUUUGGUGUAUAUAAUAUAUUUUCAGCUAAAAAUAUGCUAAUAUCAGCUUUGGUAAGGUUUUAUUAAUAAAAUUACAAUUGAAGUAAUUUACAUAACCUGCUGGUGUGGAUAUGUAAAAAGAUGAAAAAAAAAUAAUAUAAAUAAUAAACAAAAAAU